ACGUCACUUCCCGUCUCUGAGUGUCUGCGGGGCUUCUGCGCUGUCUGGCCGGGACGAGGAGGAGGGCUUCCACGCGAAGAGCAGGCGACCGUUCACACUGAACCCUGGGAGAAGCAGCAGCAGCUCUGAGCUCCGUCUGACCGGGAUUUCAAUCAUUAUUUUGUACUACGGCAUAACGUUGGAGCGCGGUGGACUGUAUUCUCGGUGCGGUUCGCGUUCGCUUCGCUGAGCCACUGCAGCAGCAACAGACUGAACACGCUGCCGCUGUGAGGGGAGAAAACAAGCGCUGUCCGCUGAAGCUGUGUGAUCAUUGACAGAGUUCAAUACACACGGGCUUUUGCGUGAUAACCGCUAGGAGCUUUCUGCCGCGGACUUCCGAGCCUCUUCCUCCGGGGACAGAUCGACUGCGUGGUUCGGCUUAAUUUCGUCUCUCUAAAGUCUCGGUGUUUUUGUAUCUGAGCCACUGUCAGGCACACGACCAAAAGGAACAGUUUGCACAUUUCCACCAGCUUGUCUGCAGCCCCCUCCCAGCCCAGACAGUCUUCUGCCCCAGCAUGAAUGAAGUCAGUGUUGUGAGAGAGGGAUGGCUCCACAAGAGAGGUGAAUACAUUAAAACUUGGCGGCCUCGCUACUUCAUAUUAAAGAGUGAUGGCUCCUUCAUUGGCUACAAAGAGAAGCCUGAAGUGUCCAGUGACCACAGCCUCCCGCCGCUCAACAAUUUCUCUGUCGCAGAAUGCCAGCUGAUGAAAACAGAGCGUCCUAGGCCCAACACAUUUGUCAUUCGUUGCCUGCAGUGGACUUCGGUUAUCGAACGCACCUUCCAUGUGGAUAGCAACGAAGAGAGGGAGGAAUGGAUGCGUUCGAUCCAGGCGGUGGCAAAUAGCCUGAAGAGUCAGCAGCAUGAUGAGGAGCCCAUGGAGAUCAAAUUUGGCUCUCCAACUGACAGCAGCGGCACAGACGAGAUGGAGAUUGCUAUGUCCAAGUCCAACAAAAAAGUGACCAUGAGUGAUUUCGACUACCUGAAGCUGCUGGGCAAAGGGACGUUUGGUAAAGUCAUUCUGGUGAAAGAAAAGGCCACAGGGAUGUACUACGCCAUGAAAAUCCUCCGUAAAGAAGUCAUCAUUGCAAAAGAUGAAGUGGCACACACAGUUACUGAAAGCAGAGUUCUCCAAAAUACACGGCACCCCUUUCUAACGACACUAAAAUAUGCAUUUCAAACACAUGACCGGCUAUGCUUUGUGAUGGAGUAUGCAAAUGGAGGAGAACUAUUCUUUCACUUAUCGCGGGACAGGGUUUUCACAGAAGACAGAGCACGAUUCUACGGUGCAGAAAUAGUAUCAGCACUGGAGUACCUACACUCACGCAAUGUCGUUUACAGGGAUUUGAAACUGGAGAACCUCAUGCUAGACAAGGAUGGCCACAUAAAGAUAACUGACUUUGGGUUAUGUAAAGAGGGGAUCACAGAUGGCGCCACCAUGAAAACCUUCUGUGGAACCCCGGAGUACCUGGCACCAGAGGUGCUUGAGGACAAUGACUACGGACGAGCUGUGGACUGGUGGGGACUGGGCGUGGUCAUGUAUGAAAUGAUGUGUGGUCGGUUGCCCUUCUACAACCAGGACCACGAGCGUCUCUUUGAGCUCAUCCUCAUGGAGGAAAUCCGCUUCCCCAAGAACCUAGCCCCUGAAGCCAAGGCCCUGCUGGCUGGCCUGCUCAAAAAGGAUCCUAAACAAAGGCUUGGAGGUGGACCAGACGAUGCCAAAGAUGUGAUGAGCCACAAGUUUUUCACCUCAAUCAACUGGCAGGAUGUCACUGAAAGAAAGCUUAUUCCACCAUUUAAGCCCCAGGUAACAUCAGAGACGGAUACACGCUACUUUGAUGAUGAGUUCACAGCACAAACUAUCACGAUAACUCCUCCAGAUAAGUAUGACAGUUUAGAUGCAGAGGAUUCAGAUCAGCGUACGCACUUCCCACAGUUCUCCUACUCUGCCAGCAUACGGGAAUGAUCACUCAGACUCUUGAACAAGCAGGCUGACUUAACACACAAUCACAAUCCCACAUAACACACUCGCACUGCUGGGGAGAAUCUGAACGACACAAACCAAAACUGGCACAAGACACAUUUUCAUUUGGUCUUAAAUGCACGCGCACACAUAUCCACAUACACAUAUUGGCAAUUCAGACAAGACGUGGAUCAUCAUGUAUGAAGUGAACACACAGGCUGUGAAUGACUGACCUCAGCAGGUUUGUGUGCAUAGACUGGCAGCUUAGUCUCUGUACGUCCUCUCAGGGCUGGUGUUAGGCUUCCCUGCAGGACCUCUGCUGCACUACACCUGGCAACACAUCAGAGCCUUGAUACUUUGAAAACCAGGUUAUGCCAGCAAGUCCCACCUCUUUACCAGCUGUACCCUUGCUACACACACACACACACACAUACACACACACACACACACACACACACACACACACACACACACACACACACACACACACCCCAUGCAUAGACUACAUAUAUAGACACAAACACAAAUGUACUUGAUAGAAUUUUAACAAAAUUAGGAAAGAUUCAUCAGUUGUUACAGUUUUAAAUGUAAAGCCAUAUUUCUGCUCUUUUUUUUUUCUUUCAUUUUUUUAACAAGUGCUCUUUCUGGAACCUGCUGUUACAAAUCAAGUGUGGGACAGUUCCUACCGUUGGGGGAGGGGGAAAUGGGGGGAGGGCGAGGAGGAGGGUGGCCAUUUCUGUGUUUGCACUGCGUUUGUACAUGAGCGGAUGGGUGUGUGCAUAUGAGUGCAGGAGAAUGUAUGAACAAUUUUUCUUUUUUUGAUUCUCAACCAUCCAUUUGUCUGCUUUAUGCAUGUUUAAAAAAAAAAAAAAACUCAAAACUGUUUCUGGUAUAUUGAGGAGAAGACACUACAAGGCACAAUCAAUGGCCUUUUUUAAAGGGAGCAAGCAUGUAAUUUAUGAUAGCUUUGAUUGGCUUGGCGCUAAAAUUGACUCAGUCAGGAUUAGAAACUGAGAUCUCAUGCAUGGCUUAUCUUUGCUUUAAAUGCUGCAUUAAUUUAAUUCAGAGUGAAAGAAAAGUCGGGCUCUUUGGAGUCCACCUUGCUGUGUCCAGACCGACUGACUGGCCGACCAACUCGCUGCUGGUCGGAGGCGUAUGUUUUCAUUGAGGCCAGUCUUGCUACGUGUUAAAGACAGGAUUCAUAGAAGGAAAGAUGGAACGAGAGACUGUACGCUUAAUCACAGUUUUUCCUCCAACCCGUCUUGAGAGACAAAUGUAGACGAACACAGCCGAGUGCUGUCCUUGGUCCAGUGAUUGUCACUCCCUAGUCAAGGAGUUAGGAACCAAUCUUCUGUUCAUUUUCAAUUUUUUAAUAUCAAUGUAUGUGUUGAAAAAAAAAUAAGCCUUUGAAUGUUCCUGUAUUUAAAGAAUGGAAAAAGUUCAAUCGUUGUCAAGCCUUCAUGAUGAGGCUGAAAACUUGACUGACUUGGUGGAUUUUUCACACUUCAAAUGAUUCCACAGUUGAUGUUUAGUUACUUUGGGUUAAGCGUUUUCUUUAAUGCUGUAUCAAAGCACUUAAAUGUAUGUAGGUCUAUGUCUGGAGCAACAGUCUGCAGCUUUGCAGUCUAGCUACAUGCUGCUCAGGCUGAUCGACCAACCAUCAACCUGCAGACAAGGGGCGCGAAUUUAAAAGAUCUGUUCAAGUUUUGUGUGAUUUGGGGUUUUGACAGCACCUGAUCGAGAGAAGCGAUCAUAUUGAAAUGUUCGCAUGUCGACAAGUGUUGUAGAAUUCCAUAUUGCUGGAAGAGAUGUUGGUUGCGCUUCACUAAAGGAACAUCAAGACCUUUUUGUUUGUCAUUGUUUUGUUUUUCUGUGUGUUUCUCAUUUUUUGUCCAUCUAUUUCUCAAUUUUGGAAGACACUUCUUGUUUAAGUAUACAUUAUAUAAAAAUAUAUUAAAAGUUUUUUUAAACUGC